CCAAUACAGCCUUCUCUUUCCUUAAGUUGUUGUUCCAUUGACUCACUGCCUUUCACUUAAAGUAACAGACAGACAUGCAUUUAGUGAAAUAGUGAGCGAAGUGGUAAAAAUAUGUUUACGUGAAAACAAAGAUGUGUAACCAACUUAGUCAUCUACCAAAGUUUAUGUGCUUAGUUCUUAUUAACUUAGUGUUUAUUACUGAAAUCAACGCACUAGUUCUACGCGCCUACAUCUCGCAGCAUGGCUUACACGGAGAAAUCGAAUUCUCACAGAAGAACGACACCUUCAUCAACAUCAGAACAAACCUCAAACCAACUCUUCAAUACCCUGACGGCGUAUGGAGAUGGACUGUCCACGAAUUCCCUGUGGACUAUAGAGAUUUGUCCAACGAACGAUGCUCUAUCGAUAAUUUGGGGCAAGAGCUAAUAGAUCUGACUGAGGAGUUGGGCUAUUUGAUAGUACCUGGCAAAGACCAUGCAGAGUAUGAGAGUAAGAACUCUUUGACUGGUGCUCUUGGGCUUUGGGGUAAAAGCAUUUUAUUGGAAAACGCCGAAAAGGAUAGGACAAUUUGUGCGUCGAUUUUAACAACGGAUAAGCGAUACGAAAAACAUGCUGUGGCUAGAUUUACGGCUCCUAUUGCAGGGACUUUGGAUUUUAGGUGGUUAUCAGCCCGAGAGUUCAAUGAGACUGAUUCGUACCUCCAAGCCGAUUUGUACCACGCCAAAGCAGUUAAAGUCAGAAAUGGCUUCACUGAACAUAAGUGGAAACUAUUUGUGACUGAUAUCUUCGAUUCUGAUAAGGGAAGCCAUGAAGAUAACUGUAAUGUCCUCCAACUAGUCUUUGACCCUGAUAAUAGUGGCGAUGGAAUGAGCGUAGGAGACCUAGACAGUCGCUUAGGUCUUAUCAAAGUAGCCACAGAUGCGAAUGAAAAGAAAAUGAAGAAAUUGUACAAGGAUGAGGUUUUGAAUGUUCUGAGGAGUGACAUGGAAGCGACGAAAAGGAAUUUGUACGUUGUGUUAUUUGAUGAGAGACAUGCCGAUAGCUUCCUGGCCUGCGCUAAGUUGAGGUUGACGCCACCAAAGUUUACCAAAGCCCUAAUCAACAUGGACGGCAUCAAAGGCACAGUGGAGUUCACCCAGCGCUCUCCCUUCGACCCGACCUGGGCGAACUUUACACUCGGCGCUUCAGACGAGGAUUACGAGUCCAACCUGCGCUUCGUGAGUUCCAUGACCCAGUACAGCAUCAGGGAGCUGCCUCCGAAGCUGCUGGAGGCAGAGCAGUGGAACAACAUUUGCAAUACCACGGGGAAUUUGUUCAAUCCCACAGGAGUUGAUGUUAAGAACUUACCUCCACCGGGUAUGGGUACACAGGACCAGUACCCAGUGGGUGACCUGCUGGGCAAGUACAAGGAGCGUACGGAGUACCUGAACCACAAGUACUUACUACCAGGCCUGGUCAAUGAGCUCAGUGGCGCCUACUGGGACGUGUUCCUGCCUCUGAGUGGACGACAGAGCGUGAUGCAUCGAGCCGUCGUGUUGACGAGGAGGCCCCCCAAAAGGGAGAUAUGCGCCACCAUCCUCCCAUACGAGUAUGGCACAGAGUACCAGACACAGAUGAGCUCAGCGCAGGCCAUCUUCCGCUACCCCCUGGUGGGGAGGGUCAUAUUCCGACAGCCGCUGGAGAGGCCGUGGGAGGAUACGACCAUCAUCAUCGAGAGUAUGGUUCACGCGGAUGGGGCCAGCAUAAACAACACCUUCGAGCACCGCUGGGCGAUUCACGAGAAUCCACCAGGCAAGGACUACUACAACUGGACACAGAGAUGUUUGAGUGCUGGCAAGGUGCUGCUGCAGCAGGGUUUGGACGUGGACACCAGGCAUCCUGAGCAUUACUGCCGACUUGGGCUUGAAGGACUCUGUCAGUUGGGAGACUUUACUACAAGGCACGGCAUGUUGAACGUAGCGGGAAAGAAAGUGGACAGCGCGCGGCUCACGAGGAGGUUAUUCACUGACACAGUCAUAGCGUUGGUUGGUAAACGGUCCGUGAUGAAGAGGUCUCUUGUCAUCUACGACGACCAUGGCCCAGUGGCCAGGGGGGAGCGGAUGGCGUGCUCCAUAGUGAAUGGCCUCCACCGUCGCAAGGCAGUGGUGCAGGACUGGUUCGGCAACGGCAACUCCAUACGACUGUCGGGCAAGCUCGAGCUGACGCAGCAGUCCGAGUAUGACGUCACCAACGUGCAGGUCACGCUCGAAGGCCUCAAUGAAGACCUCAGGAACUACAAGAUACACAUAGCUCCAAUAGAAAAAGAACUUGAAUUCCCGUGCGAGAAGACAACGAUAUACGAUACUUAUAAUCCAUUCCAUGUCAAUAAAUCGCUCAGCCCGCCGCCUACCAAAGGAACAGCUGAUCAGUAUGAACUGGGGGAUUUGGGAGAGAAGUAUGGUCUUCUAGAUGACUUGAAGAAGUACACUAAGUAUUAUAAUGAGACCCAGUUAUCUCUAUUCGGUGCUUAUAGUAUUUUGGGACGUUCUGUAGCUAUUCAUAAAAAGGCCAAAGACCGUCGCUGGGCGUGUUCCACAAUAGAGCGUGGGUACAGUCCGUCAGAAGCGCGGGAAAUACGGGGCAUCGCCUCAUUCCACCACCCCGGCGGAUUUGCGUAUGGCUACAUCCGCAUGACACAGCUUAUCCACAACGAUGGAAGCACCAGUGAUACUGUUAUUGAAGUCAAACUCAGGCAUCCAGGCGUGAGGGAUCGGAACUUGACGCGUAACCAUAGAUGGGAGAUCUUUGUAAAUCCCGUGGGAGUGGACGCGGCAGUGCAAGUGACGGGGGUGCGCUGCGUCGCGGGCGGGUAUCGCUGGAACCCAUACUUCACACAACUGGCGGAUCCACUCAAUCACGACCUGUACAGUCAAGAGUGUGGAGUGGACAACCCUCUGAGAUGUGACGUUGGGGACCUCACCGCUAGAUUGGGAACUAUAACGUUGGGUGCGGAACGCCAAGUGUUCAUGGACAGCAACUUCCCCCUGGAGGGCACGGUGUCGGCCAUGGGUCGUUCCAUCGUGCUGUUUGGUCCUGAACGCUCCUCUGAAAGAUUCGCCUGCGCUAACCUGCAACCUGACAAGGAUAUCAUCAAGUUCGUUAAUAUUAUGAAGCCGCCGAGAUUUGUACUGGGCAUGUUCCUGGAAGACGUCCGCAAAGUGAUGGGCGUCCCGGAGUGGAUGAUAAGCGUGGACUCGCGGCGCACGCACGUGCUGCACCAGGGCGCCUGUAUACAGAUCCUGCUGCACUUUACUGGCCCUGAGGCUAACAGGAUCGAGCUGGACUUUGCCAGGCUGCUAGCGACAGGGCGUCUCGACUCGCCUAGUCUGUCUAUACCGGGCUAUGUCAACCAGAAGAGGAAGAGAACCAUUGCAUACAAGCAGUGUGGAGUCACUGACCCCAACGAGAAAAAGGCUAAUUUAGAAGGCCCCUUCUUGUUCUUUGGUCCUAACUCCCUCGAAAAGUACCGGAGACCGGCGUUAAAGUCGUUAGAUCAAGAUGAUUUGAUGAAGAUAUACGGGGAGCAGGCGGCGAUAGUGGUGUUUAACAACCAGGAUUCCGUGCCGCUGUCCAGUGGAAACUUUCCAAGGUUAAGGAAGAUGCUGGAAAGUCAGACUACGCUGGUGCUCCCCCAGGAUUUCCUUGACGUUCACCCGGAUUAUAUCAGUAACGAGACCCAGGUGCUCACCCUGCAAGGGCCGUGGUCGGAGCGGGACGCUCAGAUGACCGAAACCUUUGCAAGGCUGCAAGACAUCUAUGGCCCAGGUCGAGUGCUGGGAGUUUUAGGAAACUCGGUAUCUCAAAUUCAAUCAUCAGACUACGACACCGACUGGUCAAGGGUGCGUCGUCAAGCCGAGGACGUGUCAUCCACCACCAGUACCAGCACCAGCACCACCAGUGCUGAGGAGGAGAAACCAGCUCGCAUCCUGCCCAGAUAUGCCCUGUAUAAUGCUACAGGUCCUCCUGGUAAAGGUGCUCUGCUCUACUCCUCCAGCUGGCCUGAACUCAGAUGGCCUGACGGCUCGUUGACGAUGUUCGACACUCCCGUGGGUGAGCCAACCGUCAAGCCCACCCGACUCUACACCAUCCUGGUUGUGCGAUUUGCUGACAGGAAUAAUACUAGAGAUAAGAUAACUCUAGAGUUCUCCUUCAAACAAUCUGGAGGAUGGUGGACAGCGGUGGGCGUGGAGAUCAAGCGUGGGCUAGAGAACACAGGGUUAAACCUGCAAGCCCCUACGCCCCCUGACGCGCCAUCAGCGGUGCUGGGCAAGGCGUACCAUUGCUCACUGCCUCUUGUGUACGCCAACGAUGAGGGUGCGACCCUCACGUUUACCAACAUACAGAUGCAACCAUUCAUGGACAGCACAGAGAAGUUCGCUGAUGCAUUUGACUGUAUCGGUUUCACCUCUGUACCCAUUUGGUCCGGGCUCAUGGUGACGUUCAUCAUGAUGAUCGGCCUCGCAGUCUCCAUCUCCAUGAUACUGGACAUCAAGACCAUGGACCGCUUCGAGACCAACCGGAGCAAGCAGCUCACUAUCACUGUUAGCGAAUAAAUUCCCUAAAAUACCCUCUAUCUGUCUAUCCACGGAGAGAAGUUAGUAUGGGGAACUCUCUGUUAUGUAAUCCCAUACAAAUGACGAAGACAAAAAUAGUUUUAACCGGUUUUUUUGGUGGGAGGCUUCGGCCGUGGCUAGUUACUACCCUACCGGCAAAACGAUUUAGCAUUCCGGUACGAUGGCGUCUAGAAACAAAAGGAGUACCUGUGGGUUUGGUGACAAACGGCCACACCCCUUCCAGGUUAACCUACUUCCAUUUUAGACUGUAUCAUCACUUAACACUAGGUGAGAUUUUGUGAUUGCAGUCGAGGGUAACUUGUGUGUGAAUAAAUAAAAAAGUUUUUUGUCGUUGACAUUUGUAAGAGAGAGCCCUUCUCUACGUGGAUAGAUUACCUAUAGAUUGAUGUCUCAAUUCAUGUCAGUCGCGUACGUCAGUUGCGUAACUAUUCGUGACGCUGUCAGCGCUGACAGUGCGUGCAUGGUGCGUAUGUCGGUCGAGCGUUUCAUCGAUGUUGUCUUGUAUCGUGCUUAGUUAGUCUAUAAUACACACGCGCGACCGACGUCCGCAGCGGACGUCAGCGAAAGACUCAGGCUGCUGAAUUCUUCUUCUAUCUUCUUAAAGAAGAAAGAAGCUGAAUUCUUAUGAUGAUCGCACAUUACAACAGCCGCAUGAACUGGAGAACUCAGAACAACUUUGCUCGCGGCUCGGCUUAUGUGCGUCCAUCAUUAACAGUGUAGGCACAUAUUUAAUUAGGAAACGUUUGUAGAGAACCUAGUAAAACUAAAAAUUUGACAGUCAAAUUGAUAACAACUUAUCUACAGGAUGUAUUUAAAACGUUACUUGCUAGCAUAAACUUAGUGCUAUUGUUAUACUACCUAAACACAUUCAGUACCAAUGACCAUAUUUGCGUUAUAGGGACUUGUAGUUUUAAUGAUAUAGUAUUUUUCAAACCCGCAAUGUAUAGGGUGCAAAACUCGGGGUCAAGGCCCGACACUACAUUUAACUACGCAACUUCAGGCAUUAGUCAGAUGUUUUAUGCGUACUUUCCAUACUAAUAUGUAUUAUAAAUGCGAACGUGUGUUUGUU